AGGUGUGGGGGUUUGAAGCAAUCCCUGAUUUUGGUAACCAAUUUGCCGACCGGUUGGAAACCCGUUGUCCGAGGAUCCUUGGAUGGCAUACUCCAAGGCAACCGAACCAUUUUGCUGUCCAUAAUUGGUUCUCCUCCAAUAGCAAUUAUGUUAUGCACUGGAGGUUAGAUGCUACCGAUGAGGAGAAGACUAUGGAUUACUGGCGAACAAUAGCAGUUGACAUACAUGAAGUUCGCUACACGUCACCUCCAAUUGUAGCACCAAUAGUUGGCGCUAAAGAUGUUAGCGCUAAAGAUGCGUCCAAAGCUGAGGAGCAUUCUAGUGGCCCUCCAGAUGCUAAUUUCAGGCUUGCUUGCUUGGAGGCAAAAUUUGAUGAAUUAAAUAAAGAGAUGGCAGCGUUAAGGAAGAUGCUUAGUUCUGUUAUUGACCAACAAAAGCAUCAGGCCGAGCAUCAUAUGCAUAGCCAUUCACCGUCAUCUUCGGUUAGACCAUCAUCCCCUGUGGCACCGUCUGUUGGAGAGCAAGCUGAAGAAUUUGAUGCACCCAUAGACGGUUCCAAUGGUAGGAAGGAGGAUGAUGAUUGUACUAUACCGUUUGAGCCUAUCGUACCUGGAGGACCCUAUGUGGAGGAUUCCUAGGCUUUGGUGCCAUUUCAGCCUUUGCAUUUUGGGUGGGAUAUCAGUGCUUCAGCUGACAGUCCACAUCAUGACCAAUCAGCUGAGAUUGAGGUGGAAGAUCGGACGCAUAACGUUGGUGAUACAAGCCGAUUCGGUCGAGUUUACCACCAGUCACAUCACGUCAUCUCUCCUUACACCGACCCGUGUAAAAAGAAGGUCAAAUUUAAUCUUACUCGACCUAUUGAUGCAUCAAAGGAGAGGGCAUUCAAUGAGUGGUAUAGGGUGGCACCGAAGGAAGCAACCGUGUGUACAUCUUAUAUGACGGUGGGAAAGGAAUUUUUUGCUGAGCUACUUACCGAUGAAGG